AAAUUGGUUUUUUUACAAACAUUUUGGCUUGGCGUCGGAUUAGUUUAAUACAAAAUAACAAUGGUUAAUCUAACAAUGAGUGUAUUAAAGGUAUUAAAACUAGUUCAUUAUCAUCAUACGGCAGGUGCAGAUAUUUAAAACAAAAAAUUUUUAACUGAAUAAGAUUCAAUAGCUUCAUCAAUGGUGAAAUCAACCGAAAAAAUCCCUACUUGCGAAUUGGCGCAGUGAAAAAUCUUGUUUGUUUGAGAGUUGGUGACCAUUAAUAUAGCAGGUAUCACCUCUAAUUUCAAAUCCUAAAAUUUUAAUUGCACUACCGGAGUUAAGGCAGCAAAUAUUGUCUUUUGUUUUUUGGGUAAUACCUGGUAAUUGCAAGUCUGGGGUUUCACAACUAAAAUCCUCGUCUUCAACUUCAAAAUUUAUGUUGUAUUCACUUUCUACCUUUGGUGGAUUUGCAGAAUUUCUAGACCGAGCUAAUUCCUCCUCCUUUGCGCCUUGCGGUUAGGGUUCUCUUCGACCCUUUGUCUACCUGCACUUCUUAAGUAAGUUCCUUACUGAAAAACAAUAUACACCUAAUACACUGUCCUUUGCUUACCUGCACCUGAUAUUAUUGAACUGUUUUAAUAAUCGUAACUAUUGAGAACGUUGCCGAUGGCUUUAUUUAUGAAUUAGAAAACACAAAAAUUAAUUGGAUUUCAUUUACAGAGCUACAAAAUGGAUCACACGUGCGAUCUAAUUGAUAAUACAACAGGGGAAACAACAGCGGAAUCCUUGAAAAGGAUGGAACAAAAAAUUGCCGAUAAGAUGACUGUUCACCUGGAACUCGUUGUCGAUCUUUCUACUGACGAACUCAGCACACAUCUGGUCGAAAUCGAAGCGCUGCUCAACUCUCGUCCAAUCGCGUCGCCUGGCAACGACCCCAACGAUGGAGAGGAACUGACUCCAGGCACCUUUCGAUCGACCAGACUCUUCUUACGCUGCCGCAAGAAUCCAGCACAGACGGGAUAUGCAGAAAGGCUAUAUAUCGGAUAUAUGAAGCGGUGGCGAAUACUGUCCUCACUCAAGCAGCAGUUUUGGCGAACCUGUUCCAAGGACUAUCUGGCCAGCCUGCAGCAGCGCAGCAAGUGGAGGACCGUGGGCACCGAUUUGGAAAUAGGCUGUUUGGUUCUCGUACACGAAGACAAUCUGCCUCCGCAACGGUGGUAGAGAGGACGCGUCGUGGCAACAUCACCCGGCGAAGAUAAACGAGUGAGGGUGGCCGAAAUAAAAACAAAAGGAGGCAUUAUAAAGCGAGCAAUUCACAACGAGAA